AUGGAUUGGAAGUUUCUCCAGGGUCUUCUUAGUGGAGUCAACAAGUACUCCACUGCCUUCGGACGCAUUUGGCUGUCAGUGGUUUUCGUCUUCAGGGUGUUGGUCUAUGUGGUGGCUGCUGAGCGUGUCUGGAGCGAUGACCAGGGACACUUUGACUGCAACAUCCGCCAACCAGGUUGCACCAACAUCUGCUAUGAUUACUUUUUCCCCAUUUCCCACAUUCGCUUGUGGGCCCUCCAGCUCAUCUUCGUCACUUGCCCUUCCUUCAUGGUGGUGCUGCACGUGGCCUACCGAGAAGAGCGGGAACGCAAGUACCGAGCAAAGCACGGUGAGAACGCUCGGCUGUAUGACAACCCAGGCCAAAAGCAUGGCGGUCUGUGGUGGACUUAUCUGAUAAGUCUCUUCAUGAAGACUGCCUUUGAGAUCACGUUCCUCUACUUGCUCCACUACAUCUAUGACAGCUUCAAGCUGCCCAGGAAGGUCCAAUGUGAUAUCUCGCCCUGUCCCAAUUUAGUGGACUGCUAUGUAUCCCGGCCCACUGAGAAGACCAUUUUCACCUACUUCAUGGUGGGGGCAUCCCUCAUGUGUGUGGUGCUCAACAUCUGCGAGAUUUUCUAUCUAAUCGCUGCCCGGGUGGUUAAUCUCAAACACAGAGGCACCGUUCACACCUCAUCUAGAAUGGUCCAUGCUGACAUGGAUGGCCGCAAGUCUCUUACAUCAUAGA